AUGGCGCGUGAGCUGCUAUCCAGCGUAGACUCGGGGACUAUGUUGUUCCUUUUCCACACGUUUUCAAACCAGUUAAUGUGGUGUAAUAGGUUAGUGAGCUCCCAGAGACGUGUCCUGGAUAUAAACAGCUCGCUGGAUGAAAAGCUGGAGAGGAGCAGGAGGGAAUAUGAAGCCGCCCGGCGCAGAGCUCGGAGACGGUAUGUGAGGCUGAGAGCCUUGGCGCUGUGUGCCCGUGUCCUCCACCUGCACGGUCUGGACAGGCGGGUGUGGAGGAGAGAGAGACCCCACGGAGAAGUGUUCUGGUCCAAUGUCCUGGCUAACUUUGAUGAUGAGCAGUGGGUGGAUCAUUUCCGCAUGUCCCGGAGCACGUUUGAGUAUAUUCUAGGGCUUGUCGAAGCCAAACUGAGACGCAAGUCGACUCGCUGGAGAAAAGCGCUGGAGCCGCGGCGCAGGCUGGCCAUCGUGCUGUGGUGGUACGCGACCCCGAGCGAGUACCGGACCAUCAGCUGUCUCUUCGGUGUUGGACUGUCCACCGUGUGCACGUUAGUGCGCCAGGUCACCUCUGCCCUGAACAGCAGCCUUCUCAAACAGUUCAUCCGCCUGCCAGAAGGUGAGAACCUUCAGAACACGCUCAGGGGGUUUGCAGGACACGGAUAUCCCAUGUGUGCUGGUGCAGUCCAUGUGACCCACAUUCCCAUCAGCGCUCCCAGAGAAAACCCGUCUGCGUACUACAACACCAAAAACUGGCACUCCGUUAUUCUGCAAGCGGUCGUAGACCACAGCAUCCGCUUUACGGACGUAUAUGUUGGCUGUCCUGGUCGCACAGACGACGCGAGAGUCUUGACUACUUCUCCGCUCUACAAGAUGGCUGAAGAACAAGAUGGAUACCUGUUCCCUCGUGAGGAUGCCUUGACCGUGAACGGCGUGGAGAUUCCUGUUCAUCUGGUCGGAAACGCCGCGUACCCCUUAAAGAAGUGGCUGCUGAAGGCAUUCACAGACGAGCGGCGUCUGACUCCGGAACAGCGUCGCUUCAACAGCCAGUUACGCUCAGCUCGCACGGUGGUGGAAAACGCUUUCGCGCGUCUUAAAGGUCGUUGGCGGUGCCUGCUUAAACGCAACGACGUCGAUGUUACGUUUAUGCCCGACAUCGUCACGGCUUGCUGCAUCCUGCACAACGUGUGUGAGCUGAACAAGGAGGACUUCCUGCCUGAGUGGACUGCUGACUCUGAUGAAGUCUUACAGCAGCCUGACACGGAUCUUCAUACAGACACGGUGACGGACAGUACUCAAACUAUUCGUGACGCCAUGGUGACAAUCGUAUGAGUUUGCAGAAAAGCAAACCCACACAAGAACACACUUCUGUUGAAGUUAAUAAGCUGUGGGUGAAGCACAGUUGUGGAACCUGCUCUAAAUGUGCACAGACGGUUGAUACGUUUUUCUUGCCCCUGCUCUUGUUCAUCUUAAUCAGGGAUCUUCAUCUGGUGCGGACCGUCAUGGCGAUCUAAAAUUCUAAAAAUAAAUACAUGACCGACGCAAAGACAAAAUCUCUGAAUGGAAGUUAUUCAUUAUUCAUGGCUGAGGAAGCAAAUCCGUAAAUCUUUCGGCAACCGGCACUUAGUUUUGUUUUAUAUAUAGUAUAUCACAAUUUACAUACUGAUUAUUACUAUUUUAUAUUCAUAAUCAUCAAAAUCUAUUUUUUUCCCCCCACUGACCGCUUCUGUAGAAACUCGUCCUGCGGUAAAUCGCUGAGCCUUGUCUUUUAUAUCUGGGGUUAUUAUGAUACGAUGACGCGUUACAUCGUCAUCAUUCUCACCUUGAGGAAUAAAAGUGAAUUGCACUUGUUCAGUAUUGUCGCGCAGAAAAAUAUACUCGCGCUAUUAAAUACCUCGGGUCAGUAGCGACCCUAUAGACUUUUUACAAUAAAUAAAUUAGCCUACAAACCAGAUAUUACUCGAUAAUUUUAUAUAUAUAUAUUUUCUUGUUAUAUUGUUGAUGAAAAAUAAAUUGAGGAAUACUAAGAAAGCGGAGGUCUAAUGUGAAAAAAUUAACGAGGGGGAGGGUACUCGAUGACGUCCCGGGUCUAUUCUAUGUGUUUACGGGCUAAAUAAAUCGCCACAAUAGAGGCGCCACUCACGGUCAAACUGUUAUCAGAAUGUGUCCUUCCUCACACCGAGAGACCUUAUCAGCAGAACAACGUGACCUCCUCCUUUCUCCUUCAGACACCACGGACACAGUCGUAGAA